AUGUAUUUCAAGACCGCCAUCGUUUCCGCUAUUGCGCUCCUCUUCGCCGGCCAGGCCAUGGGUGCGGCUCCGAUUGCCGCCGACGCACGCGCAGCUUGCAACUGCCCAGACAACUGCUUUCGUAAACCAGGCUCCAGCUGCGAGUACUAUGCUGAUGCCUCCCACGUUUUAGUCUAUCAUGGGAGUAAGUGA